GCGCGAGCACAAGCGAUAUUGCCGAGCAACCGAGACGAAUAGGAGGCUCGGGCGCAGGGAUUGGGCUGGGCACUGGGAGCCUUGUGUCGCCGCGCGGCCGCGGAGGAUACAAAUAACACCAUUUCUGACAAUCUACACAGCGAAGAACAGCUCGGGAGGGGGAUGACGUAGGGGCCCUAGGCGGGACCCGGCCCAGCAGUAGACACAAUGAGCCUGACGUCCUGGUUCCUGGUGAGCAGCGGAGGCACACGGCACCGCUUACCCCGCGAGAUGAUUUUCGUGGGCCGAGAUGACUGCGAGCUCAUGCUGCAGUCACGGAGUGUCGACAAGCAGCACGCCGUCAUCAACUACGAAGCAAGCAGUGAUGAACACAAGGUCAAGGACCUGGGAAGUCUGAAUGGGACAUUUGUGAAUGAUGUCAGGAUUCAGGAGCAGAUGUAUAUUACUCUGAAGAUUGAUGACAAAUUAAGGUUUGGAUAUGAUACCAACCUGUUCACCGUGGUCAGAGGAGAACUGCAUGUUCCAGAGGAGGCUCUGAAGCAUGAGAAGUUCACCAGCCAGCUCCAGCUGAGCAAACAGCCGUCCAGUGGUGAAUCUUCCAAGUCCAUCAAGUCACCUGGGGCCAAGCCCUCUGGGAGCAAGCCUGCCGAGGCAGCCUGUGAGAGCGUGACAAAAUCUGCUGAUCCGCACAAGGUGGACGACAAGAUCGCCGGAGACAUGGCAGCAGUGCACCGAGGCACCCCCCUGUAUGGGCAGCCGUCUUGGUGGGGCGAUGGGGACGCGGACGACGAGAACUCUUUCAAGCAGGAGUCCAAGACAAGCGGAAAGAAGCAGGAGAGCUGUGCAGCAGACAGCAAAGAGCCCAAGAAGAGUGACAAAGUGAAGGAGGAGGGCUUGGAACCCAGUUACUUUGAGAUCCCCACCAAAGAGACCCCGGUGGCAGAAAGCACCGUUCAGGAGGUCCCCACCAAGGACACGGCAGGUGUAGCUGACACCCUUGCCUCUGCCCAGGGCCACGCCUCUUUUACCAUUGAGUUUGACGACACCUCCCCCGGCAAGGUCACAAUCCGAGACCACGUCUCAAAGUUUACGCCCGACCACCGGCCUCGGCCUAGGCGGUCUCCCCAGCAGGCAGGACGGGAACUCACCAGUCUGCAGGCGGCCAUUAUGGCUUCAGAGACCAAGGUGGCCGACUGGUUGGCCCAGAACGACCCUCCACGAGUGCGCAGAGAGUCCACUGAGGAGGACAGCAAGAGUAUCAAGAGUGAUGUACCUGUCCACCUCAAACGACUGAAAGGGAGCAAGCAUGAGGACGGCACCCAGAGCGACUCGGAGAACGGUGCAGGGCUUCGUUUUGGCAGCAGGAGGCAGGCACUGGAGGAACGUUUGCGGGCAGCUCAGGGGGGUCGGGCAGCCCAGGUGGGGCCUGAGGGCAAGGCCACGGAGGGGCCUGCCACCGCCAGCCGGACAGCCUUUAUGAUUGAAUUCUUUGAUGAGGGCAACCCUCGCAAGCGUCGCUCCUACUCCUUCUCACAGACGGCACCUCUCGUUGGGGGGACUGCAGGUGAGGGGCCGUGCCCCACACCCCCUUCCCGCCCAAAAGUGCCCCCCGCCGCUUCCUCGGCCAUCGACGGCACCAAGGGCCUGCCAGCCUCUCUGGUGUCUGCUGCCCCCACAGCUGCUCGCCUGCUUCUCAAGCAGCGGUCAGAGGACCCCGGCUUGGUCAGAGGGUCAGCGGGGGUGGGUCAACAGUUCAGCCCCACUGAUGACUCUCAAAGGCUUCCCCGCUCGGGGACAAAGGAGAACGAUGACGACCAGAGUGACAAGGGCACCUACACCAUCGAGCUGGAGAACCACAACCCGGAGGAGGAGGAGGCUCGACGCAUGAUCGAUAAGGUGUUCGGUGUAGAGGAAAGUCUGGACCCAUCAAGAAAAGCACAUUCUGGCCCCCAGCAGGAUGGACUAAAAGACUGGCAGACCUCAGUCAAGGGUGACAUCAGCAAAUCAGACUAUUUGUCUUCAGAGAUCCUUCCAGAAGUCUCGGUUGCCAUAGGCGGCCCACGUUGGGUGUCUCAAUGGGCCAGUUUAGCAGCCAACCACACAAGGACGGACCCCGAGGGCUCGGGGGCAGAUUCCCCAGCCUUUGUCCACCAAGAGAAAGAAGCCGAUGCCAGCGAGUCUGGGAUUUCCAUCAAAAGUGUCACAUCCACCUCUAGCCAGGGUGAGCGAAAACGUAGGACCCUCCCUCAGCUGCCCACCGAGGACAAGCCCCCAGAGAACUUGCGGGUCAAAUCCGGAAAGGGUUCUGCGGUGACUGGCCUGCGCUCUGAGAUCGGGGAGAAACAGGACACCGAGCCCCAGGAAAAGGAGAGCCAAUCUGACCCCAAGGGCCGAGGGACACGGGCUGGAUCCAGGGGAGUGUGUGGCAGCUUCCCCUCAACUGAGGUGGAUGUGACCAUAACCUCCAAGCAGGCCCCACAGCAGGAGGCACGGCUAGGGAUCUCUAAGCCUCCAGUGCGGCCUGUAGGGAGUGGUGAGAAGAGGACUGAGGAGCGCAGGAGGCGGACAGAGGACAGGGCCACGCAGGGCAAAUCCACUGAUGGGAUGGAGAAGUCUGGCAAGCCGCUAGUGCGGCAGGGUAGUUUCACUAUUGAGAAACCCAGUGCCAAUGUGCCCAUUGAGCUCAUACCGCGCAUCAACAAGCAGGCAGCCGGCCCACCACUUCCUCGCGAUCGCAGCGACUCGGUGGGCAGCAUGGACACGGCCACCCUGCUGAAGGACACCGAGGCCGUCAUGGCCUUCCUGGAGGCCAAGCUGCGCAACGAGAAUAAGUUAGAUGCUGGCAAUCAGCCACCUAAGCCGCGGGCAGGCUCCAUCUCACCCGAGUCGGACGUGGAUACGGCCAGCACAGUGAGCCAGGCCGCAGGAGAGAGUGACCGUAAAGCAGCGCAGAAACGGCGCACACUCAGCAGCCUGCAUAAGGAGAAGGGCCCCGCUGUGACUCGCGAGCGCCUCGAGAAGAAGGCCAAAGCCCGGCCGUCCGACAGCCGGAUGGACCCCCGCCGCGCCAUCCAGGUCGCCUCCAGGGCCCGGCAGCCAUCCCUAGACCUGACUGAUGACGACCAGACCUCCUCUCUGCCUCACUCCACUAUCUCUGAUGUGCUCUCUUCUGACCAGGAGACCUACUCAGGACGGUCGCAUGGUCGCGGUGCAUUUACCUCCACUGAUGAGCUGCUACAUUCCAAGCUGGAGGCAGGUAAAGCCAGUAAAACCGCACAGGCCCCCUCUCCCGCAAAUAACACGAGCGCUGCCUCCGGAAAACCGGCUACCCUGCCCCGCCCACGGCCAACUCGCGCCUCCCUGCUGCGUCGGGCCCGGCUUGGAGACACAUCCGACACAGACCUGGCUGAUGCCGAUCGUGUGUCGGUUGCCUCCGAGGUGUCUACCACCAGCUCCACGUCACGCCCGCCAUCGGGCCGCAAGGCGCCAUCACGCAUCGACAUGCUGGCGCAGCCACGGCGAACUCGUCUGGGCUCAAUGUCGGCCCGUAGCGACUCGGAGGCCACCAUGAGCCGUGCAGCCACGACAUCGCGAGCCGCCGCCGCCGCCGAGACUGCACUGCGGCUGGGACUCCGCACCACCUCCAUCGUGGACGGCAAGGUGGCACCCCGCGUCCGGGCGAACAGCGUGUCCAAGCUGCCCGACGCCAAGUCCAAGGUCACCUACUCUGUUCACGGCUCCCCCUCUGAAAGCCCGGUUCCGGCAUGCCCUGAAAGCACCUCACCCACCGAGGAGAUCCUGGCCAGCAGCCGGUGGCGACGGCUGCCCCCUGAGUACGCUUCCACGUCCGAGGACGAGUUUGGCUCCAAUCGCAACUCCCCGAAACACGGUCGCCUGCGUCCCGGCACCACCCUGCGGACCGCCCGCCUGAGUGGCUCCGCCCCUGCCACACCUGGCCCGGUGGGUGGUGUCAUGAAGCAACGCAUGAGGGACCAGGAGGACUACAUCCGAGACUGGACAGCCCACAGCGAGGAGAUUGCCAGGUUAUUCCCCUGUGUGCGCAGAAUCAGCCAAGACCUGGCCAAGGACCUGGCCAUCCUGGCUCGUGAGAUCCACGACGUGGCGGGCGAGAUCGACUCAGUCAGCUCGUCGGGUACAGCACCCAGCACCACAGUAAGCACCGCGGCCACCACCCCUGGCUCCGCCAUUGACACCCGAGAAGAGGUAGGGCCAUCUCUGGAGGGCGCACGCAAGCUGGUGGACCGUGUCUUUGACGAGAGCCUCAACUUCAGAAAAAUCCCACCUGUGGUGCAAACCAAGGCCCCUGAGAUCAAUGGCCGUCCCGUGGAGCUCCGCCCCCGGGCCCCCGGCAGCCAGGAUCCCCAGGCUGCCCUGCGACGCCGGACGUGGAAUCGAGACGAGGCGGUGUUGGACAGCUUGCUCCUGACAUCCGUUUCCCAACUGUCAGCAAAAAUACGGCAGUCCGUGGACAAGACCGCUGGCAAGAUCAGGAUACUGUUUAAGGACAAGGACAGGAACUGGGAGGAGAUCGAGAGCAAACUUCGGGCAGAGAGCGACAUGCCGCUCCUCAAAACAUCCAACAAGGAGAUCUCAUCCAUUCUACUGGAGCUCAAGAGGGUGGAGAAGCAGCUACAAGUCAUCAACAUCAUGGUGGACCCGGACGGCACUCUGGAUGCUCUCACUAGUUUGGGACUGACCAGCCCCACCCUGCCCCAGCCCAAGACCAGCCCGGGUAUCCAGGGCCCCCAGGGUCCCCUCCCUGGAAAUGGCACAAGCCGGGCCCCGCCGGCCUCCGCCGAGUCCGAGCAGGAUUUCACCCUCCGCUUCGGCCGCCUGCAUCCCAGCGGUGAAGAGAGCCCCCUCAGCCACAAGUGAACAGGGUCCUACCCCUCGCACCCCCCAGCCCCUGCAUCCCUGCCCUCUGACUGAGGGACCCUAAAACCUUACAUAAUGUACUCAGUAUGUAUCCCCCUUUCUCCAUGACUCAUGGCCUCCAGGUAGAGACCACGUCAGCGUGCUUCUGCAGCCUGACCUGCGUCUCGCCGCUCACGUUUGGUUCUGAACAUACAGUAACGUGCCUCAUGAUACUGAGCCCUGCAAAUUGGUGGACGUGCGCCACUGGUCAUGUGACCAGACGCAGCACUGGCUGUUGGUUGUCCUGUCUGCGCGCUAGCCGUCGUGGCGCCUCCUUUUUUGGACAGAAGACUGGUAAAGAAGACCAGGGAAAGCAGGGUUUCUACCUUUCCAAGAUUUGCGUCCUUUUUAACUUCUUCCUCUUUUUGUGUUCCAAGCAGUAUUACCACUAGUCUCCUAUAGGCACUGUUUCCAUGACGAUGUGUCCUACUGUACAGAGUGCAGUCAGAGCAAAGCAGUGGCCAUGUAGAUAUUGCAGCCUAGCUGUUAGGCUGUCGCAUAUUCCUACACAACUGGCAGUGCAUGGAUAUGGAUAUGGACAUUCAGUUCAGGAUAAGUAGGUUACACCGUGAAGAAGAAAAGGUGAUUUUAAAAUGUGACGAUUCCAGGAAUAAAAAAUAUGCCACUCUUGUCUUGUAAUGUCAUGUAAAUCAUGUUGACCAUCUGAGAUCUGAACGUUGCACUUAAUUGCGCCAAAAAAUUACAGUGGAAUACUGUAUUGUGGAUUCAUCCCAGCGAUUGUACUUGUACUGUGUCUAUUUCAAGUUCCUUUUUUCCUUUAUUGCCUUCUGGUUUUUUUUUUUAUUUUCAAUAAGACGAGCGCACCUUCUUUGUGUUCCAUGACAAGUGCAUUAUGGUGUCGUGAAAUUUACCGGCCAUUUAGCUUUUUAGAGACUGACCUGUUCAUCUGCUGCUCUGAAAAACAAGGAGGCUAAGGAAACUGACCUCUUGAUCUGAAAUGCUCACUAAAAACCUAUUUCUAAAACCGUUUCUAACCACUUUGAGGUGUAUAAACCACCUCCAGGUACUGCUUGUUUAAGAAGUAUUUCUGAAAAUGAGAAAACUAGGUUUCAUAAUAAAUGUUUAUAUUGUUAAGUACUUCCUUCUGUCACAAUAACCCACUGUCAUUAACUGGAAAUAUUACAGCUCAGUGAUUUUAUUUUCUUUUAGUCGAUGUAAGUCAGUGCUAUGAGAAGGAAAGGCAGCACCUCCUUCAGUGAGUUCUACGCUGAACACAACUCAAUAUGCCGCUGCAUUAAGUGCAGCGAAAUGUCCGCUGGGGGUUCGAUCCUGUUUUUGUUUACAGGGAACUCGUGGAUUCCCAGAAGGCCUCUAUCCCUCCGUAGUCAGGCACAGUGGCAACAUUUUAAAUAAUGGCUGUUAGGCUUGAAUCGCUGCGAAACGUUUGUCUCGGUCCAGCGACAACGAAUUGACUGUCCAACAGUAACUUAAUUUUAAAUGAUUUGCAAGAUGAAGCAAUUUUAAGUAUUUGGUUAACACUAUUGCUGUUGCGCCAUAGCAACUCUUCUCAUUGGCUUGUUGGUGUUGCUCACCAAGCACAUUGUCCACCCGGACAGGAGAUUUCCUCAUACGUGUACAUGUGUAUCAUGAACUCCUUAACAUUGCUGCUUUUCUCUAUCUUCCUUGUGUUUCCUGCAGAAAACAUCCCGUUUUCUCCGAUCUUUUCCAUGUAAAAUUCUGUGCAGUAGAAAAAAGAAAUGAUUUUGCGAUAGUGCUAUAGUAUUUAUAGACUUAAGCAAUAGUGAAGUUAGGUACCUGGGGAAAAAAAAUGCUGUUUUUCUUUUUCUGUUUCAAGUGUAUGGUGUCACUAAGUGCCCGGUAUUAUAGUGGGAAUGCAAACAAUACAGAAACAAAGCGCAAUUAAACAAACGAGAACUUAAAACAAAUGAAGGGGAAACAAUUUGGUGACGGAACGUGUUUGAUUUUGCUCAUCCCUUGGCAAUGUGUGUUGCCGCCUGCUUUUCCUAAGAAACAAAGACUGUUUAGAGUUUGCAGCAGGUUACAGUAUGACUGGAGAGACAAAGAGCCAGAAGUAAAAGUGCAUCAUGGGUCGGUGUUGAGAACCGGGUGCCUCGGCACGCGCCUGUCGCCUUCCUGCGGGAGUGUACGCUCAAAUGGGAUUCCGACGUUUCUCCCCACAUCACUGAAAGAGAAAAACGCGUGAAGUAAAGUG